AUGGCUGAUUACGAACGCCGAAACCACGGCCAUAGAGGAGGUGGGCGCAAACGCCAUGAUGAUGAUUACGACCGUCGCCAGAGACGCAGAUAUGAAGAGCCUUUGGUUGUCAAAGUUCGACGGCAGCUUCUCACAAUCGCUGAAUCGGCCGCUAGAAGGGCAGAGGAUGAUGCACUAAGUAUUGCGAAAAGCGUGGCUGAGAAUUACGAGGAUGAGGAGUUAAGGGAUAACUUCAUUGAGAUUGCGCUCGACCUUGUUUUGGAGCAGCCGUUAAAAAUCCCGUUCGUCGCCACAGCUGUCCUUGUUGUCAACACAUUGAAGUCAGAGCUCGCGGCCGACGUCCUGAAACGAACAGUUGAGCGCUUCCAAAGGCAUGUCAAUACUGGCGCCUGGCGGGAAGUUAAGCUUUUUUUGCGCUUUCUGGGCUGUUUACAAUGCAUCCUUGAAGGGGACGGUGUCUUUGCGGUCUUGGAAGAGCUAUUCUCCCGCGCCGUAGACCUUCAGACAGCUUCUUCCGAAGACUUGAUCGGAUUAGAGCUUGUGAAAAUUAUUCUCUACACGAUUCCCUACGUUAUGGCCUCCCCAGCUAGCGGGUUCGAAAGCCAGGCUCUCGGGCUUUUGGAAAAAACGGACAUUAUCGCAUCUACUCCGCAUACGCUUGUGGAUUUAGUGAAUCCCUUCGGACCCGAUACCCAGAAGUCAACCACUGUUCCCAGCGUUAUCAGCUUACUUCAAAGCCAGCUGCAAGCAGAGUCGGCUCGAGAUUGGGAACUGGAGUGCCUCCCUCGGCCAUGGAACCACGUAAGGGAUGGGGACGAGGAGUCGAGGCGUCUCGAAGACGGCCCGAAACAUGUUUUCCCUGAAAUCACGAUACCAAACCCAGUGCAAAACGGAUCUAGGGCGAUUUUCCCAGAGGUUUACCUGUCAGUGUAUGGUGACCAGGAAAUCGAAACAGUCCCGCCUACAUCAGAUAUCACGUCUUCUCUGAUAAGGGAUGCGCUAGUUGAUACAAUUAACAUCAUGGACUUUAACCGCAUUGCAACCGCAAAGUUCUUGAUUGACCUCGACUGUUAUUUCACACCCAACAUCUUUGUGAAACGGGCGACUCCAUUCGAUAGGUUGCGCGACCUACCAAGUGAUCGCCCAACAUGGAAACCGGAGGACGUGGCUGUGGAUGCUGUUUUCUCACAGCUUUUCCAGCUACCCUCCCCGGAGCACAAGCUCGUCUAUUACCAUUCCGUUCUUACAGAAUGUUGCAAGAUCGCUCCGGCCGCAAUUGCGCCAAGUUUGGGCCGUGCAAUCCGUUUUCUCUAUCGUAGUCUUGACUCCAUUGACUUAGACCUAAGUCAUCGAUUCUUGGAUUGGUUCACACACCAUUUGAGCAACUUCGGCUUCACCUGGAAAUGGAGUGAAUGGAUCGAAGACCUGGAGCUUCCUAUUGUACAUCCGCGGAUGGCAUUCAUUCACGGUGCGCUAGACAAGGAGAUUCGACUGAGUUUUGCUCAGCGCAUUCGCGGAACGCUUCCAGAUCCAUACCAAAAGCUUAUCACGGAAGGGAAAGAAAAGGAUACUCCCGACUUCAAAUACAUGUCUGAUACAAUGCCGUACGCAAAUGAAGGCAGAGAAAUUAUGGAACUGGUUCGCAAAAAGGCCACUGACGACGAAAUUCAACCCCUCAUUGCUGCGAUAGAAGAGCAAGCAACAGGGCUGGGAGUUGAGAGCCCGCUACUGCCUUCGACUGAUGCUUUCGUCACUGCUAUCUGCUUCGUUGGCUCAAAAUCGCUCUCUCACGUCCUUUCCUGCAUUGAACGUAACAAGGAACGUCUGCUAGCCAUCGGGCCAAAAUCCUCUGCUGCACGCCGCCAGAUAAUCACGUCAGUCAUGGAAUACUGGGCCGAUCAACCUGGGAUUGGUAUCAAUAUCAUUGACAAGCUUCUUAACUACACAAUCAUAACACCUCUCUCCGUUAUUGAAUGGGCUCUGGUCGACCAGCUUAAUGCGGGAACAAUCCUUGCAAGGACGCAUAUCUUUGAAAUGAUCUCUGCCACUGUCGGUAAAGUCACCAACCGUCUCCGCCAGAUUGUCGCGGCACGCACCCAAACCGGCCUCUAUGAGCCACAGCUAAGCGUGCUUGACGAGACACUCAAUCGCGAAAAGAAAGAUAUGCAUGCGCUUUUCCAGGUGAUAGAAGACUCUGUCGUCUCAGUUGCCGGGGGUAGUAAUGACCAGCUCAUGGAGCGUGGCGAUGGGAGCGGCAAUUUGCCCGAGGAUGAAAUCAUCCGCCAAUGGGGAAAGCGCUGGCUACGUGUGUUCCGCCGCAAAUCCGCCGUGGAGGAGUCUUUUAUCACUGAUACCAUGGCCCACGCAACACCCGUGGGGACCAAUGCGCCAACUCCCCCUGCUAACACUGAGGAGAGAGCGCCUACGGAUGCAGACGGCGAUGGCGAUUUGGAUGUUGCUGAUGCAGAGGCUGAUGGGACCGCUGAUAUCUCGUGA